AGCAUGUAUGAGAAAAACACCUAAAAAUAGGACUGUCCCUAAAUGUGGGAUAUCUGAUCAUCCUAAGGGGCAGAACUAUGGAAGAAGACUGGCUCAGUGGAGUUGACACUGUCACUAAGGAUGGUCUUCAGACAACUUUGGAGAACUCAAAAUCCUUCUGAAAUGGAAAGAAGAGACUUGUUUGAAGACAAAUGAAACAAAUACAGGGAUGGUCUUUGCUUGGUAGUUGAUCUAAGACAUUUCCUUCCAGCAUGAUGUCAUCUUUCUCCAGUACAAACGUCUCCUCUUCCUCAUCCACUUCUGUAAGUGACAAUGAAAGCAAAAUAAACCUCUUACUCAGCACCAGCUCCUCCGACUUGCCCUCAAGGCCACAAGCUGAAGAUUUCACCAAGGAGCUGACCUGCCCUUUGUGCCUGGAAUGGUUUAAGGAGCCAGUGAUUUUGCCUUGUGGUCACAACUUCUGCAAACCCUGUAUUGAGGAAAUCUGGGGUAGGGCGGAGGUCAGCCUGUGCCCAGAGUGCCAAGCACAGUCCCCAGACAGGCAGUACAUAAGGAACAUAGUGCUGGAAAAACUAGUGGAAAAGAUCAAGGGCUUUCAUGUAGGGAAAUGCAGCCAGCAGAAAUGCAGCAAACACGGUGAGCCUCUCAAGCUCUUCUGGAAGGUGGAUGGGAAACUGGCCUGCUUUCUCUGCAGAGAUGCCCAGAAGCCUGAAGAUCAAAGCUCCCAAUUCCUACUCCUCCCAGACGCCGUGCAGCUCUAUGCGGAAAAACUGAUCUCCACCAGAACUCAGCUGGAGGCCACCGUGCAGGAGCUAAAGACUCUGAAAAAUGCCCAGCAAGAGAAGAUCUCUUGUCACAAAGAGAACAAAUUUCAUCUUCAGCACCACAUCUCCUUAGAGUUUCUGAAACUCCAUCAGUUCCUUCAUGGAAGGGAGAAAAGAUUAAUGAAUGAGCUGCAAGAGGAGGGGAAAAUCAUCCUCCAAGAAAUGGAAGCAAAUCUAAACAAGCUCCAGGAAAAGUGGCAGCGAGCCAAGGAGACAGUGUUACGCAUUCAGUCUCGACUCUACCAGCAUAGUUCUAUCGACUUCCUUACAGGCAUAAAAACCUUCAUGGAACAGUUAGAGCAAAAAACAGGCACCUUAUUAUCUCUGGGAGCACUUGUCUGUCAUGAACUGAGCCUGGGACAGUUCAAGGGUCCAAUUCAGUACAACGCAUGGAAGGAAAUGAAAUCCAUCCUCGGACCAGGCCUUUCCUUGGUGACUCUGGAUCCGAAGACAGCGCAUCCAAACCUCGUUCUCUCUGAAGAUCUGCGCUGCGUGAGACACGAUGACACAAAGCAGAUGCUCCCAGAUACCCCAGAGAGGUUUGAUUCCAGUGUUGCUGUCCUGGGAUCUGAAGGAUUCACUUCAGGGAAACAUUAUUGGGAAGUGGAGGUGGAGAACAAGACCAAAUGGACUUUGGGGGUGGUCAAAGAGUCCAUCAGCCGGAAAGGGAACAACACGUUAUCACCCAGGGAUGGAUACUGGCUUAUAAGGCUCAGGAACAGGAAUAAGUUUAAAGCUUUGGAUAUACCUGUGAGAGGUCUGACCCUGAACACUAGCCUGUCUAGGAUUGGGGUGUAUCUGGACUAUGAGGGGGGACAGGUGUCCUUUUAUGAUGCUAAUAAGAUGUCCCAUAUCUACACUUUCAUGGACACUUUCACAGAAAAGCUUUACCCGUACUUCUGUCCCUGCUUGAAUGACUCCAGUGAGAACAGUGAACCCCUGAAAAUCUUCUUCAACAUGUAGGAGCGGAUUUGCUGAUGGCUUCCCCCACGAAGCAGGUUUCCCUAGAUACCAGUAGGUCUGAAACAAGGCUCAUAGAUCUAGUAACUGAUGUUACUAAAAAUGUGUUGAAUAUAGCAGGGUGUUUCCCUUCCAACACACCCAGCAUCACAAAUGCUGUUUGAAGCACUUGCCUUUGACGAUUUCUUAGGGUUUUCCAGGUUCAGGGGCAGGAGUCUGGGGAGUGGGGAGGGUUUGGUGGGAGGUUGGGACUUCUGCCAUGAGUGAGUCCUGAUUCAGUCUCACUCUAUUUUGUUGAUGGAAAACGUUCUUGAGGCCUGGCAAAUACUCCAAACUUGACCAGGUCCACUGGCUGGGACAGGAUCCAUUGGGCUGGGAUCAU